GUGUUUGUCAGGAUGUGGAGCAGGUUUGGGUGCGUGAGACUGAUGGGACAGAAGCUCAGGAUUCAGUCUGGAGCGUCAGAGAUCAGAGAUCCAGAGACACACAGGACUCAGAGCUCAGCCUCACUUUACUCUGUUAUACUGACGCUCAGGAUCAUGAAUCCACUGAUCAAACCUCUGACUGUAACGCUGGAGAACAGCAGAUGCUGCAGACGCCGCUGAAGAUGUGCUCCGUCAAACUGGUGGACUGCAGGAACCUGAUCGAGAGCAGAGGAGAAGAAACCACCGCAGAGAAACAACAACAACACACUGAUGAGGAAGAGGAGGAGGAGAAUAAUGGGGAGGAAGAUGAAGAUGGUGAUGAUUGUACUGAGAAUAAUGAUGAUGUUGACGAUGGUGACUUUGUUCCUUCAGAUAACAAUGCUGGUUUAUCUCCUGAUGGUGAAACUGCAUCUACAUCGAAAGACCAAAAGACAAAGAAGAGUUUCUCCUGUGCCACCUGUGGAAAAACAUUCAGCAAACAGUGUAAUUUAACAAGACAUACCAGAAAGAAAAAACACACCGAACAGAAUGACUACAGCUGCAAGAUCUGCAACAUCAGUUUUCCGACCUUCAAAGAGAGAACCGUUCAUUCAAAAGAGCACAGCGUGAAGAAGGAGUUUCACUGCGAACAGUGCGGGAAGGAUUUUUUUAACACUCUUUAUAGUAUGAGAGCUCAUAUAAAGACACAUGAAGAAAAGACUCUUCAGUGCAAUGAAUGCAACAAGUAUUUCCGGAACAAACGAGAUCUUUCUGUUCAUAUGAGAAUUCACACGGGUGAAAAACCGUAUCAGUGCCCUAAAUGCGAGAAAAGUUUUAACCAGGGUACGCAUCUGAAGAACCAUUUACUCUUGCACACCAACGAGAGACCACAUCAGUGUCCUCAAUGUGAGAAGAGCUUCACCCAGGGAUCUAGUCUGAAGACACAUCUACUCAAGCACAGCAAUGACAAUCUGUAUCAGUGCAGUGAAUGUGGAAAACCUUUUAUGAGCACAGCUUCUCUAAAGUUACACCAUAAAAUGCACUCUGAUGACAAACCGUAUCAGUGUUCACACUGUGAGAAACGUUUCCAUCUUUUGAGUUUAAUGAAAACCCAUGAGAGGAUUCACACCGGAGAGAAACCGUACCUGUGCUCCGACUGUGGGAAGAGCUUUGCUAGGUCAUUUGCUUUCAAAAUUCAUCAGAGAAGUCACACAGGAGAAAGACCUUAUCCUUGUAGUGAUUGUGGGAAGGGUUUUAUUAACGCAAAUGACUUAAAAGUGCACCGGAGGACUCAUACGGGAGAAAAACCUUUUAAAUGCUCAUAUUGUGACAAGACUUUCAUCCGAGGAUGUGUCAAAAAUGUCCAUGAACGAAUACAUACAGGCGAGAAACCUUACUGCUGCUCCAUCUGCGGAGAGAGAUUCGCUUUUAAAUGGGGUUUUCAGACCCACAAGAAGAAACACGCUGCUCCAGAAUCAUCAUAGCUUCUUCAUAUAUUAGGUUUGGUGAAACACACACCUGCCGAAGCGUCUUCUCUUCUCUUCAUCUCUAUCGCUCGUACUGUAGGAGGCGCUCUGACGACCUUUAGUUCAGCGGGAAAACCAGUGAAGAAAGAAACGAGACUGGACCGGAGCUCUCAAAGGAUGUUGAGCAUGAAAGCGCAGGUGGAUGUGGUCUGCUGUAAAUCAGUAGGAACUGAUCUGUCCAUGCUGGAUAUUGAGGAUUUCAUCACAGAAAUCUGUCAGCUGAAGAAAGAGGUGGCUUCACUGGAGGCAAAGCUGAGAGAAAGAGGAGAAAAACUGAACAGAGAGGAUGUGGAGCAGGUUUGGGUGCGUGAGACUGAUGGGACAGAAGCUCAGGAUUCAGUCUGGAGCGUCAGAGAUCAGAGAUCCAGAGACACACAGGACUCAGAGCUCAGCCUCACUUUACUCUGUUAUACUGACGCUCAGGAUCAUGAAUCCACUGAUCAAACCUCUGACUGUAACGCUGGAGAACAGCAGAUGCCGCCGAAGAUGUGCUCCGUCAAACUGGUGGACUGCAGGAACCUGAUCGAGAGCAGAGGAGAAGAAACCACCGCAGAGAAACAACAACAACAACACACUGAUGAGGAGGGGGAGAAUAGGGAAGAUGAUGAAGAUGGUGAUGAUGAUGAUGGUGACUUUGUUCCUUUAGACAAUGCUGGUUCGUCUUCUGCUGGAGAAACUGCAUCUACAUCCAAAGAGCAAUGCACAGUGACGGACUGUGGAAAGACAUUCAGCAAACACGGUCAUUCAGUGAGACAUAAGAAAAAAGACAUAGAACAGAAAGACUUCAUUAGCAAGAGAUGUGACAUCAGUUUUCCGACCUGCAAAGAGAGAACACUUCAUUCAAAAGAGCACAAAGUGAAGGAGUUUCACUGCGAACAGUGCAAGAAGGAUUUUUUCACCACUACUUAUAAUAUGAAAGUUCAUAUGAAGACACAUGAGGAAAGGUCUUUCCAGUGCAAUGAAUGUAACAAGUUUUUCCACAACAAUGGUAAUCUUACUAUUCAUAAGAGAAUCCACACGGGUGAAAAGCCAUACAAGUGCCCUCAAUGCGAGAAGCGCUUUAGACAGGCAUCAAACCUGAAAGACCAUCUAUUUACACACACCAACGAGAGACCGUUUCCGUGCAGUGAAUGUGGCAAGUUGUUCAACACCAAGCAAAAUCUUUCUCGUCAUAAGCGAAUCCACACGGGUGAAAAGCCUUACAAGUGCCCUCACUGCGAGAAGAGCUUCAGCGAGGCAUCUAGUCUGAAGAAACAUGUGCGUUUGCACACCAAUGAGAGACCGUAUCAGUGCACUGAGUGUGGAAAACGUUUUGUGAGCUCAGGUUCUCUGAAUUUUCACAAAAAAAUACACUCUGAUGACAAACCGUUUCAGUGUUCACACUGCGAGAAACGUUUCCGUCAUUUGAGUCACAUGAUAACCCAUGAGCGGACUCACACUGGAGAGAAACCGUACCUGUGCUCCGACUGCGGGAAGAGCUUCACUAGUUCAUUUUCUUUAAAAGUUCAUCAGAGAAUUCACACAGGAGAAAGACCUUAUCCUUGUAGUGAUUGUUCAAAGAGUUUUUAUAGCCAAAGUUACUUAAAAGUGCACCAGAGGACUCAUACAGGAGAAAAACCUUUUAAAUGCUCACUUUGUGAAAAGACUUUUGCUAUAUCAAAUUCCCUGAAGAUCCAUGAACGAAUACAUACAGGAGAGAAACCUUACUGCUGCUCCAUCUGCGGAGAGAGAUUCACUUAUAAAUGGGGUUUACAAACCCACAAGAAGAAACACGCUGCUCCAGAAUCAUCAUAGCUUCAUAAUUUAAGGUUGUGUAAAAAUGUAGUGCCACAGGAACAUUAUUUUCAGGUUUUAGAAAAUAACCCUUAAACUGAAAUGUCUCUUGAAUGUUAUUUACUGGGUAGAAAUAAAUAAUUUGGAUGUAAAAUUGACUGUAAUGUGUAGAUUAUUGUCUGAUAUUGGAUUUUUGAAUUUAGCAGGAAAAUAACUUCACCGAGUAAACAAUGAACUGACUUUUAA